AUAUGCAUCACAGGCCACACCUAAAGAUUUUGAAAUCUAUGUUCCGGAUGCAACCUUUGAAGAUCCCCUUAUGUGUGCACAUGGGGUAAAGCAGAUAAAAUCAUCAUUCUAUUCACUAGGCAAGGUCUUCAGUGAAUCAAGGAUUGUGGAUUACACCUGGAAAGAGAACGAUAUAUCACCUGGAAAGAAAGAGAUACUAAUUGAUAACAAGCAAUACUACAAGUUCUGGGGGAGGGAUAUUCAUAUGAUAUCUCUCAUCAAGCUAUAUACUGAAGGAGGAAAGGUCGUCCGCCAUGAAGAUUGGUGGGACAAGAAACCGCCACGAAGCCGGAAAACAGUUAAGGUACCGGUUGUUGGGAGGAUGUUUGAGCUUUCUCGUAGAGCGUCGAUGUUUGCAACCCAUGCUAUGAUGGGGUUUGGGAAGGAUCCACAUCCAACCAAGUAAAUGGCUCCUUGGAAAUGAGAAUGUAAUGUACUCUUAUCGUUGACAGUGACAUACUGACAUACAAACAUAUCGUUACAGUUCUAUCACUACCUCUGGCUGGCAAGAUGUUUUCAUUUACUUUGUUAAUGCUACUUGUGUUAUAUUGUUGUAUACAUAAGUGUGAAGAUAUAGG